GUGGUAUAAAGCCAAGAUCCAAGCUGAGUACCUUUCUCAUACCACCUGUGUUCACUACCCAGAGGAUCACCAUGGGGACAACACAGACACCCACAUGGGUAUUAAUAUGGAUGGCACUGGCGAUUGGUUUGACUGCCUCUCAAAGUGGUAGGUAGAAUCCAUGAUUUUGUUUUACAUGAAACCUUGUAUUUAGUGUUGACAGGGCUAAACUGUAUGUUACUGUAUGUCAUAGCGCUCUCACAAUAGCUCCAAUGUUUAUCUAAUUGGACAGCCUAACAAUGAGGGAAAAUUUGCUCAAAGCUCAGUCCUGCCUUUAUGUGCCUUUAAGCAUGAGUUAUGGUUGAUGAAUAGGUAAAUGUAGGAUUGGCAAGAGAACUACAUAACAGAGCCUGAAAUACACAGGAUUCCACAAUGAUUUACAGCAAACGCUUCAUGUAACUUAUUAAUAUACACUUUGAUUUCAGAGGAUACAUUAAAGGCCACAGUUAACAUCAUCCCCUCAAUGUCAAGGAUACCUGAGAUUGCAGGUAAGCUUCAUAAUACAUGUGCUAUACAGAUGUGUAAGCCCUGAGGAUGAUGACAAUGGUUAACAAUGUAUGCUUACAUAUCCACAGACAAUGGUGAAAGGACAAUAACCAUGAUGGAGACAGUCAUAGCAAGUAGUGCAACAGGUUUUGUGGAUUAGCUGUUGUUGCAAAGCAAGAAGUAGCCUAGCUAAUUCAUUUAUUGUUCAAGUUCAUAAACUUGAUAGAGAUUAGAAGUACUUUGAAAGUCUUGGUUUUUUAGUUCAUAAGUACUCGUUACACAAUUUAAACAUGGUGAGUGAGUGAAGACAAUCUAGCAAUCAACCAAUGGACUCCUAGUUAAAAGCAAAUCUAGAUCCUACGAGGGACAAAAAUGGGAAAUAUAUCUGCUCCCUGUAGUCUACUCAUUUCUUUCUCUGUAUCUAAAGAUAAAACCUGCUGAAUUUUAUUCUAUCAUAGCUGAAUUGGUUGUCGUUUUCCCCAGGAGUGAGUCCUAUACAUAAUGGCCAGGUCUGCAGUACGUGGGGUAACUACCACUUCAAGACCUUUGACGGAGACAUCUUUCAGCUCCCCUCCACCUGCAACCAUGUUGUGACCUCACUGUGUAAAAGCAGCUAUGAGGCUUUCAACAUCCAGAUGAGGCGGCAGGUGGUGGACAACCAGCCAACCAUUAGCAAGAUCACCAUGAAGCUGGAUGGCACAGUGGUGGAGCUAUCCAAGGGUUCUGUUGUUGUUAAUGGGAAGAAGUAAGUUCCUCCAGAAUGUGUCAUGUAGCUGUAUUUCUCAAUCAGUGCUCAGUGCUCAAGUAGUUGGAUGUCAUAUUGGUCUCCCAGUGGCUUUGACUUAAAAGAUGAGACCCCACCUUGUACUGUGUAACUAUGCUCAAGCACACAUUUACAGUGAUAGAGAUGAGAAUGUUGUUUUAAAACUACCAAUUAAAAUGUCAUAAAAUGAUGUCAAUUGAGCUAAUUGAAAAUGGGUUGAUCUAAGUUCUAGUUGAAUCUAAUGCUUUGUCUUCCUCUUCCUCCAGUGCCACCUUACCAUUCAGCCAGUCUGGUGUUCUCAUUGAAGAGACUCCCUCCUACAUCAAGAUCAAAGCAAAACUGGGAUUGGUAGCCAUAUGGAACCAGGAGGAUUCCUUCUUGGUAGUACAACAAUUAUGCAUUUAUGAAUAUUUCUGUUGUGGAUGUCAGAGCUAGGUUUUUGCAGUGUGGUCAAUGUCUGCAUUUGAUGGCCUGUGCUGUGGUGGGCACUUGGAAUGACUGUGGGCACUUGGAAUGACUUUGUUAACAGCAGUUAACAUCAUCUUAACAACAGUUAAGGUAGUCCUAAUCUGUAGUUAUUUUAAGGAAUAGGUUGUCUCUGCUGUUAAUGUUAGUUUUGUUAGAGUCAUUAGCCAUUUUUGUCGAGUGUUGUGCGGUUAUGGAGGUAAUCUGUCGCCCUAAAACUUCUAAUGAUCUGCUAUUUCAGGUGGAGAUGGACAUCAAAUUCAGAAACAAGACCUGUGGUCUAUGUGGAGAUUUUAAUGGAGUUCAGCAAUUUGAUGAGUUCUAUAGACAUGGUACAUUUCACUGACGCUAUCAACAUAUCAACCUUAGCCUAUUAUUUGGAAUACAGUUGACAUUCAACAAUAACUGGGUUUAUUUUUAUGCCAAAGGAAUGAAAUUGUCCCCUGUCGACUUCGGAAUCAUCUGGAAAUUGGAUGGUCCAACUGAAAGAUGUACUGAAAACACACUGCCUUCAAAUCAGAAAUGCCCCAAUGUGGUAGGUUAAUCUUCAUGGAUUAUGAUAAAAAUAGGGUUAUUGGUAAGGCUGCUGUGUACUUAACAACAUGUACAGUGGGGUCCAAAACUAUUGACUCCCUUGAUAAAGAUGAGCAAAAAUCACUGUAUACUGCUACAGUAUAUUGUAUCCUACAGUAUACAAUUGCUCAGAAUUUUUUUUUUCUCUCCAAAAGGCAGGGUUUAAAAUUCUUGAUAGCCCUGUUUUCAAUACCUUUCAAUUCCUCACCUUGCGAGGAUAACAGCACUGAGCUUUUUUCUAAAAUGUUUUGUGAGUUGGAGAACACAUUGUGAGGGAUUUUCGACCAUUCCUCCAUACAGAAUCCUUCCAAAUCCUUGAUAUCCUUUGUCUGUGCUUAUGUACUGCCUUCUUCAAUUCAAACCACAGAUUUUCAAUAGGUGUCAAGUUCAGGGACUGAGAUGGCCAAUGCAAAAUGUUGAUUUUGAGGUCAAUUAAGUAUUUAUUUGUGGCUUUUGAUGUGUGCAUAGGGUUAUUGUCUUGGUGGAAGAUCAAAAUAUCCCCAUAACAUUAAUAAUCCACCCCCCAAUCCAAGUGCCAAGUGCCAAUGUCGUUUAGCAAACUCAAGACGUUAACAUUUGUUGGAUGAAAUUAAAAUGGAAUUCACUGGCCAUUCACACCAAUGGUGGGUUUGGCGUCGAAAUGAGAAUGCAUGAGCAGAAAAGAACCCCAUACUUACUGUAAAAUAUGAUGGUGUAUCUUUGAUGUUAUGGAGUUAUUUUGCUUCCACUGGUCCUUUUUUGUGAAGGUCAACGGCAUCAUGAACUUUACCCAGUACUAGGACCUUUUAGCCAAAAACCUGGUUGCCUCUUCCAGGAAGCUGAAACUUGGCCACAAGUGGGUCAUCCAGCAAGACACUAACCCCAAGCACAUAUCAAAAUCCACAAAUAAAUUAUUUAUUGGCCACAAAAUCAACAUUUUGCAAUGGCCAUCUCAGUCUCGGGAUUUGAAACCCAUUGAAAUCCUGUGGUUUGAAUUAAAGAGUACAGUCCAUAAGCGCAGACGAAGGAUAUCAAGGAUCUGGAUGGAUUCUGAUGGAGGAAUGGUCUAAGAUCCCUCCUAUUGUGUUCUCCAACUCAUAAAACAUUUUAGAAAAAGGCUUGUUGCCGUUAUCCUCGCAAGGUGAGGUAUUGAAAUAUAUUGAAAACAGGGGACUCAAUUAUUUUGACCGCUACCUUUUUGAGAUUGUUUUUUAUUACUUGUUAAACAAAAUCUCUUUCUCUGAGCAAUUGUAUUAGUAUAAAAUAAUAUAUUUUCCCAACUUUUUCUUUGUAUACAAUAUAGCUCAGUAUUUGAAUAAUUUAUUUUAUACAGUCAUUUCUGCUCAUCUUUAUCAAGGGUGUCAAUCAUUUCAGACUCCAUUGUAUUUGACCUAAUUAUAACAUCUCUCUGUUUUUGUUUGAUAGAAACCAGUUUGUGAGCAGUUGCUCUCCGGUCCUGCCUUCAGCAGCUGUAAGGACUUGUUGGCCAUCGACUCAUUUGUUGAGGCCUGUGUUUCUGACCUGUGCAACUGUGAUAACAGCACCAAGUCCUUCUGCCUGUGCAACACCAUCUCAGAGUAUUCCCGCCAGUGUGUUCAUGCAGGCGGGAAACCCAAACAAUGGAGGACUGAACAGUUCUGCUGUAAGCAUGCCGUUACUCUAUCAACAUUCAAACCGCACAUUGGUCAGUUGGUUGAUAAAAAUGUAACAUACUAAUAUUUUGAAAUAACCUUAUCUUUGCAGAUAAGACAUGCCCCUUCAACAUGGAGCACCAGGAGUGUGGAAACCCCUGUGUUGACACCUGCUCCAACCCUGAGAGAGGCCAGCUGUGUGAGGAACACUGCUCAGAUGGCUGCUUUUGUCCUCCAGGUAGGCAGACAUAUUUAAACGUUUUCUGCACAUCCUCUUCUUCAAAGAGAUGUAAUAAAAAAUGCAUUGGGAUGUAGCAGACUAUAUACUGAUAGAAUGCAAAACAACUGAUCCCAUAUUGUUGACUGGACUAUGUUGCCCUACAAAGGCAACUACAAAUGUAGUCAAAACUCUUUGAUAUGUUGUAAUGGCCAGAUACUGUAUAUUAUCUGAUUAAUGUGUCAUUUCGUUUCCUGACACAAGAACAAUCCCGGUGAUCAGAAUAUAUCAUGGAGUUUCAGAAAUUGCUCUCUGUCUAGACAGAAAAAUACUUCAAAGUCAGAUUUUGCAGUAAAAAGAAAAACGUAGUUACUGCGUUUUGCGUUUGUAGGGAGGUAUGUUGGGAGGGAGACACAUAAUAAACACAUGUAUGCUCUCACCCAAAGGCACCGUUUUUGAUGAUGUCAACAAGAAUGGUUGUAUUGCCUUGAGUCAAUGCUCCUGCCUCCACAAUGGAAAAACCUACACACCAGGAGAGUCUUUUUCAAGCACUUGUAAAGAUUGGUAAGAAACCCAGGCUAAGAAUUCUGACUUGAGUCUAAAAGUUGUUCCAGGGGUGACAAUUUGUAAGUUCCAUUGAAUAAUUGAUAUUUUGCCCUUAGCUCCUGUGGUGGUGGUCAGUGGAAGUGUGCGGACAAGGACUGUCCUGGCACCUGCGCUGUGGAGGGAGGAUCCCACAUCAACACCUAUGAUGGAAAAGCCUACACCUUCCAUGGGGACUGCUCUUAUGUUCUGACCAAGGUCAAUAUGCAGUUUCCUCACCAAAGACCUGUGUGCAUCAAUCUCAUUCACAUAAAAAACAUGUUAAAACUUGCUAACUUCUUUUGUAGUUAAUAUGUCUGUAUUACAGAUUUUUCUCCAGCUUCUUUACUUUUAUUCUGACAAAUCCAGUUUUUAUGAUGACAAUUAAAAUCAAACUAUAUAGAACAGGGCUCUCCAACUUUAUUCCUGGAGUGCUACUGUCCUGUAGGUUUUCACUCAAACCCUAAUUUAGCGCACCUCAUUCUAAUAAUUAGCUGGUUGAUGAGCUGAAUCAGGUUAGUUACAACUGGGGAUGGAGCAAAAACCUACAGGAGAGUAGCUCUCCAGGAACAUAGUUGGAGAGCCCUGAUAUAGAACAACACUAUUCAUCUUGCAUCCAUAUAUUUAUUUAUGAAGAAAUAUGGGUUCUUCAUGUUUACUCUGUCUCUUGUUUUACACUGAGAUAUUCAUUUUUCAGAAAGAUUCACAAGGAUAUUUCCUUUUAUUGAGGCAAGUAUUUUGUGACAACUUAUUCAUGUUUUUUUUCAGGACUGUGAUGGGAUGCAAUUCACUGUACUGGGUGAUGUGGUGCAGUGUGGGCUUUCUGACAGUGAGACUUGUCUAAAGGUUGUUACCCUGUCCCUCUCAGAAGGAGCCACUGUAAGUAUUAAUUGACUGACAUGCUCUCAGCCUUUGACUGCAGUGGAAGUUUCUUUUCUCCAAAUGUUGUUAAGUUUUAGGUUUGAAUGUAUUCUUUUAAUAUACUGAAUAAACAUAUGGAUACACAAUGCCCCUCUAUGCAGGUGAUCAACAUACAACCCAAUGGAAAAGCCUUUGUAAAUGGAAUCUAUUCUCAGCUGCCCUUUUCUGCUGGUAAGUUACAGUUGCACAAUAAACAUACAGUACUAUCAAUGUAGUCAUGACUAGGCAUACAUGAAACUUGUGUCCUACAGUUAAAGCACAUAAUUGUAUGGGGAAUACAUAAGGAUAAUUGGGAAUGUCGUAAUGGUGAUGUAGCUAUAUCAUUCAACACUGACACAUAUUUUACUUAACGUCAUAAUGCUCCAUCUUCCCACUUUGUUCCUUAUAGCUGGAGUAACCAUUUUCAGAGCCUCCUCAUUUUUCAUCAUUGUCCAGACCACCUUUGGCCUCCAGUUGGAAAUCCAACUCUCACCAAUCAUGCAGGUCUAUAUUGCUGCAAGCACCGUUUGGCAGCAGAGAACUUGUGGUAUGUCUCAUCAUCCGUUGACCAACCACCACAUUCCACUGAGGUGUUCAUGUUCUGGGAAUUAUUUAUUUUCCCUGUAUAUAAAUACAUGUUCAUCCUACAGGUCUUUGUGGAAACUUUAACAACAACCAAGGAGAUGAUUUCAAGGUCCUGAGUGGAGUGACUGAGGGCACAGCCAUUAGUUUUGCAAACACCUGGAAAACACGAGCCAGCUGCCCAGACAUCAAGAGUAGCUUUGAAAGCCCCUGCAGUUUAAGUCUUGACAAUGGUAGCUGCAUGUUUUAUUACCUUUCCAUGUCAGUUUUAAAUGUUAUGGAGAAUGGUGCAAGUGUUUCUUAAAGUCAGCCUAACUAUUUCCUGUGGUUUAUUUUUUCUCUAUUUCAGAGAAAUACGCCCAGCACUGGUGCUCUCAGCUGGCUGAUCCUAAAGGGUUGUUUGCUCCGUGCCACGCAGCGAUAAGCCCAGACAUGUACAAAGAAGUGAGACCCUUUCACCAUACUAUUCAUUUCUGACAAUUUCCUUAGCAUAGCUAAUACACAAAUGCAUGUAACAUGUAAUGCCAGCUAUUAUGGGGCAAUUGAGAAUUACAUUGCUUGCUGUUAAAUAUUGUUUAUUUGCAAAGUAUUUGUGCAUAUUAUGCACACACAAUUAACACAAACUAUUGUACAGUAUAGUAUGGAUGCUGUUCUGACUGUGGUUCUCUAUUCAGAACUGCAUGUACGACAGCUGUAACUGUGAGAAGAGUGAGGACUGCAUGUGUGCUGCCGUGUCCUCUUAUGUCCACGCUUGUGCUGCCGAGGGCAUCCAGCUCAGCGGCUGGAGAGACACUAUCUGCAGUAAGUGACAAUACCACACCAUAAUACCUAAGAAGAUGUGCAAAUUGUGGGAGAAUAAGAUACAAAUAUUAUAAAUAUUUACAACUAACACUAAUUGUUGCCAUCCCCAGCCAAAUACUCCACCUCGUGCCCUAGCACCAUGGUCUACGCCUACAGCAUAAAAAGCAGUGAUCGCUCCUGCCGCUGCUACAGCGACUCUGACUUUACCUGUUCAAUCACCUUCGAGUCUGUGGAUGGGUGUGUCUGUUCUGAGGGAACCUACCUGGAUGAUGAGGGCAAGUGUGUUCCACCAGCCAGCUGCCCUUGUUAUUACAAGGGCUCAGUGGUGUCCCCUGGAGAGGUCAUCAGCAAGGAUGGAACCAUGUGGUAUGGACCGAGAUAUUUACCUACCUAUACUCAAACUGUAUAUCAAUGUAUUUCACUACACAAUGUAAAAAAACACUGAACUGUUGCUCGGUUGCUUGCUUUUCUGCUAAUAUUUAGUGAACACCUUUUAUUGUAAAGGCAUAUUUUUUCAAACUUUAUGAAUCAAGAGCCUUAGGCCUUGCUUUCCUGUAGUGAGUAUAGGGACAUUCAAGUACCAUUAACAUUAUUUUAUUUCAGCACCUGCAAGGAGGGCAAACUCCGCUGUAUUGGAGAUUCACCUGAUCAGCCAUGUAAGUCCAUGUAUAUAAAUUGUCAAAACAACUCACAAUUUUGAGCUAUUGUACUGUGACAGGCAACACUGCAUUUGAAUAUAAGUCUGUUAUUUUAAUGGCACUGUGCCAAAUCCUAUAUACUUAUAUGGUGUGUGGUAAUAGUAUGCUAUUGGCAACAGAACCAGGCUAUGUGCAGGUUGAAAUAUUAUAUCUCCAUCCUAGUACACACUUUACACAGCAUAUUGAUUUUAUGAAAGACACAACAGAGUCAUGAUACAUGAAUUAACUUUAUUUUCACAGCAUGUGUUGCACCAAUGGUUUUCUUCAACUGCUCCAAUGCAAGCCCAGGAAUAAGAGGGUUAGAGUGUCAGAAGAGCUGCAAUAUUCUGGAUAUGGCCUGUGUGAGUCCCCUAUUCACCUUGUCUCCAGGCUAUUGCGCACAGUACAUAUAAACCUGUGUACAAAACAUUAAGAACACCUUCCUAACAUUGAUAUUAAUACACAAUCUGUCUCAAGGCUUAAAAAUCCUUCUUUAACCUGUAUCCUCCUCUUCAUCUACACUGAUUGAAGUGGAUUUAACAAGUGACAUCAAUAAGGGAUCAAUGCUUUCACCUGGUCAGUCCAUGUCAUGGAAAGAGCAUGUUCUUAAUGUUUUGUACACCCAGUCAUCUAAUUCCCUUAGGAUUGUGAAUUAAAAUCGAGUGUAAAAUAUAAACAUUACGUUUUUCUUUUAUUGUUACAAUUAACAUACAAAGAAAAAAAGAAAAAAAUAUAUAUUAUUAUUUUUUGAAAAAUAUAUAACAAAAAAUUGUAAAGUGGUUGUCCCACUGGCUAUCAAAAGGUGAAUGCACCAAUUUGUAAGUCGCUCUGGAUAAGAGCGUCUGCUAAAUGACGUGAAUGUAAAUGUAAACAUAUAGUGAACCUCGUCUCCAGGCUAUUGCACACAGCACAUAUAAGCUUGGUACAUCAACGAUUCAAAUGUGGCCUUAAUGGGAGUGACCAUAUAAUUCUAUGGGAGUGACUUUAUUGAGUAAAGUAUUUGUCAUCAUUUCAUUUUUGCGAAUCACACGACUGCGAGGCGUGGCUCUGUGCUUGUGUUGUGCUAGCGUAUGGGGGAGGGCUAGGGGGAAGUUGUUGUGGGAGAUGAUUGGUUGGUAGAUUAAGCCAAUUAUGCCAACGCCUAUAUGCUUGGAGUUUCUCCCAGUCUUUCUGUAUUGGAUAAUGGCUAACGAAGGCCAAGUUUGACCUGUCGGUCCACCAGACUCCUCACACAUUUGGGCGGAACUUUCUGGAAACCAGAUUAACAUAUAGUUAACACCAUUUGUACACAGUAGAUUUUCAAAUCAAUAAUUUUUACUUUACAGAUCAGCACAGAGUGCAUAUCAGGCUGUAUGUGUCCCUCUGGACUGGUAGCCAAUGGAAAAGGAGGAUGCAUCAAGCCAGACCUUUGUCCUUGUUCUCACAAUGGAGCUACUUACCAACCAGGAGACAGCAUCAAGGUCGACUGCAAUACCUGGUAAGCUCAUCUUGCCUCAGUUGGGGUUUUAAACCAACUAAGACUUCAGUCUGAUAUAUCUGUUUUUGCCACUUUCAGCACUUGUAAAGACAGAAAAUGGCAGUGCACAACAAACCUGUGUCAUGGAACCUGUGCCAUUUAUGGAGAUGGACACUACAUUACUUUUGAUGGGAAACGAUUCACUUUCGAAGGAGACUGUGAAUACACUCUUACAAAGGUAUGCUUGCAGGGUAACUUGAUAGUCUAACUGAUCAACACCAAUAUUAUAAUACUUUUUUUAUUGGUCAAGUAUUAAUACAUGCUGACCAAUAAGGGUUUGUGUUUACUUUUUUAAGGUAUGUACUGUAGGCGUUUCUGGGGAGUUUGAAAAGCAACAUUUGAAACUGGACAUUAUCUACUGUUGCUUUGUGGAAGCUGCUAUAGCAUUCCCAACAAGCUGAACCUUUUCACUAUUCCAAUGAUUGACUUACUGCAUGUGUGGUUGGAGAUAAUGUACCAUCCACCAAAAUACUGUGUUGGCUGUUGUUAAAUGUAUGACUGAAAUUGAGUCUACCUUAAACAGGACUACUGUGGUAACAACAAUGCCAACGGCAGCUUCAGAGUCAUCACUGAGAACGUCCCUUGUGGAACAACAGGCACCACCUGCUCCAAGGCCAUCAAGCUCUUCCUGGGGGUAACUAGAUUCCUGCUUCCUGCCUGGCACAUACCAUUACUGAAGCCAAGACUACUACUAUUCAUUCAUUCAUACAUACAGUACCAUACAUACAUACUAUAAAGCAUACUAAACAGAAUACAUAAAUCAAAGCUUCAUGAGGCAAAGAUAUAGCAUAAAUUAUAACAUAAGGAGUAAUUAGAUGAAUUAAUAUCUUAAUAACUAUACACUCAAACUAUUUUUUAAAUCUCUUUCAGAACAAUGAAUUAAUCCUGACAGAAGGAAACUACCAAGUUGUUGAGAGAAAUUCAGGGGAGGCGGUUCCCUACCAGAUUCGCACAAUGGGCAUCUACCUUGUGAUUGAAGCAAAUAAUGGUUUGAUUCUCAUGUGGGACAGGAAAACAAGCAUGUUCAUCAAACUUAACCCACAGUUCAAGGUACAUUUGAACUUUGAUUGAAUGACAUAUUAGAUUUGUAAAUAUGUUUCUAGUAUUCCAUCAAAUGAUAUUCACAAGUCUGUUAUGACUCCUUUUAUCACUCAACUGAAUCUAAUGCUAUGUCCUAUUCAGGGACAUGUCUGUGGUCUGUGUGGAAACUAUGAUGGCAACGCAAACAAUGACUUCACCACCAGGAGCCAGGCAGUUGUUGUCAAGCCUCUAGACUUUGGAAACAGCUGGAAAGUCUCUGCAAGCUGCCCCGAUGCAAAGACCAAAAGGAGCCCCUGUAUUGCCAACCCUUAUAGGCAGUCUUGGUCACAGAAACAGUGCAGCAUCAUACAGAGCAACGUUUUCACAGACUGCCAUUCUAAAGUAAGUUAAGACUUUAGUUGUUCACUGAAUGUUUUGGAAUUUGAUAUGAUCAUGUCGACUAAAUUCUGUUUUCCAAUUAGGUGGACCCCUCUCCUUUCUACGAUGCUUGUGUGACAGACUCAUGUGCUUGUGACAGUGGUGGAGACUGUGAGUGUUUCUGUACCGCUGUGGCAGCUUAUGCAGAGGCCUGUAAUGAGGCUGGAGCCUGCAUAGCCUGGAGAAGCCCACAAAUCUGCCGUGAGUCUCUAAAUGUUCAACUCAUUUAAGUGCUGACAUAAAAAUAGACUUAAUCCAGUCAGUUUAAACCGAAUUGAAGAUAAUACUUACAGAGAGCUUUUGUCCACCACAUACAGCACUGUUCUGUGAUUACUACAACCCCCCUGGAGAAUGUGAGUGGCACUACAAGGCAUGUGGAGCUCAGUGUAUGAAGACCUGCAGGAAUCCCUCCGGGAGCUGCUCCACUCAGAUACCACCUCUUGAAGGUACAGUAGACAUUCAUUUAGGAUCUAUUUUGGGAAACAACAAUUUUCCAUAACAAAAUCAAAUCAAAUGUUAUUUGUCAUAUGCGCCGAAUACAACACCGUGAAAUGCUUACUUACAAGCCCUUAAUCAAGAAAUAGAGUUAAGAAAAUAUUUGCUAAUUAAGCUAAAGUAAAAAAAAAAAAAAAAAGUAACACGUUAAGAUUGCAUAACAAUAACAAGGCUAUAUACAGGGGGUACCGGUACCGAGUCAAUGUGUGGGGGUACAGGUUAGUCUAGGUAAUUUUAACCACUGUAGGUAGGGGUAAAUAGUCCGGGUGGCCAUUUGAUUAAUUGUUCAGCAGUGUUAUGGCUUGGGGGUAGAAGCUGUUAAGGAGCCUUUUGGACCUAGACUUGGCGCUCCGGUACCGCUUGCCAUGCAGUAGCAGAGAGAACAGUCUAUGACUUGGGUGGCUGGAGUCUUUGACAAUUGUAUGGGCAUUCCUCUGACACCACCUAGUAUAUAGGUCCUGGAUGGCAGGAAGCCUGGCCCCAGUGAUGUAUUGGGCCUUACGCACUACCCUCUGUAGGGGAUGCCGAGCAGUUGCCAAACCAGGCUGUGAUGCAACCGGUCAGGAUGCUCUCGAUGGUGCAGCUGUAUAACUUUUUGAGGAUCUGGGGACCCAUGCCAAAUCUUUUCCGUCUCCUGAGAGGGAAAAGGUGUUGUCGUGCCCUCUUCACGACUGUCUUGGUGUGUUUGGACCAUGAUAGUUUGUUGGUUAUGUGGACACCAAGGAACUUGAAACUUUCGACCUGCUCCACUACAGCCCCGUCGAUGUUAAUGGGGGCCUGUUCGGCCCACCUUUUCCUGUAGUCCACGAUCAUCUCCUUUGUCUUGCUCACAUUGAGGGAGAGGUUGUUGUCUUGGCACCACACUGUGGGCUGUCUCAUCAUUGUCGGUGAUCAGGCCUACCACUGUUGUGUCGUCAGCAAACUUAAUGAUAGUGUUGGAGUCGUGCUUGGCCAUGCAGUCGUGGGUGAACAGGGAGUACAGGAGGGGACUAAGCACGCACUCCUGAGGGGCCCCGGUGUUGAGGAUCAGCGUGGCAGAUGUGUUGUUGCCUACCCUUACCACCUGGGGACGGCCCAUCAGGAAGUCCAGAAUCCAGUUGCAGAGGGAGGUGUUUAGUCCCAGGGUCCUUAGCUUAGUGAUGAGCUUUGUGGGCACUAUGGUGUUGAACACUGAGCUGUAGUCAAUGAACAGCAUUCUCACAUAGGUGUUCCAGUUUUACAAUCAUCAAAUAUUUAGAAGAAUAACUGUCUGAGGUCAUUUGAGAUAUUCUUUAUUUUUCACUCAGUUUCUAUUCCCUGUGUUUCUUCACCAUAUCCCUCUAUCAAUCAAUUGCUUUUUGAUCAUUAAUAUUAAUAUAUUUUUCUUCUUCUUUAGGUUGCUAUCCAAAAUGUCCUCCUGCUCAACCCCUAUUUGAUGAAGAUACAAUGCAAUGUGUGGAGAAGGAGCAGUGUGGCUGCUAUGGCAGAGAUGGAAAACACUACAAUAAUGGAGAAAAAGUACCGACCACAGAAAACUGCCAGACAUGGUAUGCCUUUAGUAAUACAGAGAAUUUUGGUCUUCCCUAAAAUUGUGAACACCGUAACUGUGUUUGAAUGUCAAGAAUGAAAGUACAAUUGUAAAUGUUUCUUUUUCCAAAGCUAUUGUAAUUCCGUGACAGUGGACUGCAAAUACGAUGAACAAGGUAUGAAUGGAUCCUUCAACUAAAACAACAACACAUAAAUUAUUUAUUCACCAUUCCAGUACCCUAAAAUAUAUCUUACCCUUUCAGCUUGCACUUGUACCUACAAUGGGAACAAAUACCCCAAUGGACAUACCAUCUAUCACACCACAAAUGGGCACGGCAGUUGUAUCACAGCCGUUUGUGGGAAGAAUGGAACCAUUCACAGGGACAUGUACCCAUGUUCAACUCCAGCUCCAGCUUCAACUCCAUCUGUUCCUAACUCUACUCCAUCCUCUACAUUGACAACAACUGUCUUUACUUUCUCAACACCCACAACUGGUGGGUACCUGAGACUGAGACUUGAAUGACUGUGAAUUAGUUGUUGUAUGAAGUUAUGUGAAAUGUAAAAACUACAGCAGGUAUCUUUUGCGAUCAAAAUGGCUAAGAACAUUGCUAAUUAUGCACCUAAAUUACCUGUUUUUACACAAUUUAAAAUGGUUUGUUUGUUUUAAACUGUUAUGUAAUCCCUGUCUCUAUAGAACCAGCCACAACUUCAACAGAGACAACACCGUAUCCAACAUCCUUUACUACAACAUGUGGCUAUCCAUGUGUAUGGUCACAAUGGUUUGAUACCACAUUCCCUACACUUGGAACUCCAGGAGGAGACUCUGAAACCUACAACAACAUAAGAGCAGAGGGACACGAUAUAUGUGAGAAGCCAAGCAAGAUUCAAUGCAGAGCCGAGAAGUACCCAAAUGUUAGCAUAAGCCAAGUGGGCCAAGUGGUUCUGUGUAAUGUUGCAGAAGGUUUGACUUGCAGAAAUGAAGACCAGUCAGGCCCAUUCCCACUGUGCUUUAACUACCAAGUUCGAGUCCUCUGCUGUGAUGAAAAUCUUUGCACAUCUAAGCCUACAACCAUUGCACCAACAACUACAAGGCCACCUUUUACAACAACAACAACUACAACAGAAACCACCUCCACUAUAUCAACAACCACGUUGACUACAAAAACCCCUAACUGCACAGUUUGUGAGUGGUCACCUUGGUAUAAUGUGGACUAUCCUCAAUUUGGUCCUGGGGGUGGCGACAAUGAAUCAAUUAAAAAGAUUAUACAAUCUGGAAAAGAUAUUUGUGAAAAACCAGUGGAUGUCAUGUGCCAAGCAGUGCGAUAUCCAGGGGUCCCAUUGUCUGAAUUAGGACAGAAGGUAGAAUGUAAUACGGAGGUUGGACUAAUAUGCCAGAACAAAGAUCAAGGCAUUCCUCCAAUAUGCCUUGACUAUGAAAUUAAGGUGAAGUGUUGUAAGACUGUGAAAUGUCACACUACAACAAAAGUACCUAUAACUACACCUACUGUCACAACUACAACAAUGUCAACAUCCACAUUACCUACAACAACAAGUAAACCAAUGACAAUCACUACUCCUCCAACCUCAACUCAACCUCUAACCACAACUACAACUCCUACCACUACUCCAACACCCACAACUACAAUCUUAACAUCGACUGCUCCACCAACCACAUCAACAACAAUUCCUCCCACCACUACUCCAACACCCACUACAAAGACCUCAACAUCGACAGCUCCACCUACAACAACAACAACUCAGCCUCCCACCUCUACUACAACUCCAACCACUACUCCUAUAUUUACCUACUCUACCCCCUGCAGUGGUGAAGAAAGUUGUGUGUGGUCAGAUUGGAUCAACCUUGGUCAGCCAACCUCUGGAUCUGAAGGUGGAGAUAAUGAAUCCAUUAAGAACAUCAUUGCUGCUGGUUAUCACAUUUGCUCAUCUCCAGAGGCAGUUGAAUGUAGAGCAAAACAAUACCCUGGACUUCAGAUCUCUCAGCUUGGCCAAGACGUGACUUGCAAUCCAUCCGUUGGACUGAUUUGUAACAACAAUAAGCAAGGUCUUCAGCAAAAGUGCUUUGAUUACGAGAUUCGAGUGAAAUGUUGUCAAUGUGGACCCACAACACACAUCCCAACCACAACAACAACAUCAACAGUUCCUCCAACCACAACUCCUACACCCACUACUAAAACCUUAACAUCGACAGUUCCAUCUACAACAAAAACAACAACUCAGCAUCUCAGCCCCACUACAACUCCAACCACUACUCCUACAUCAACCUCAACAGGAGUAACAACUACCCACUGCAGUGGUGAAGAAACAUGUGUGUGGUCAGACUGGAUCAACCUUGGUCAGCCAACCUCUGGAUCUGAAGGUGGAGAUAAUGAAUCCAUUAAGAACAUCAUUGCUGCUGGUUAUCACAUUUGCUCAUCUCCAGAGGCAGUUGAAUGUAGAGCAAAACAAUACCCUGGACUUCAGAUCUCUCAGCUUGGCCAAGACGUGACUUGCAAUCCAUCCGUUGGACUGAUUUGUAACAAUAAUAAGCAAGGUCUUCAGCAAAAGUGCUUGAUUAUGAGAUUCGAG